AUGAGCGAAGCAAGGCAAUCACAACAACCGAGACAAGAGCAGAAGAAGAAGUUCGAAGGCCCAAAGCGUGAGUCUAUCAUAAAUCUUGCACAAUAUAAGGACACAGAAGUACGUGUCAAGUUCAUAGGGGGAAGACUGGUCACUGGAAUCCUAAAGGGUUAUGACGAGCUAAUGAACUUGGUUCUUGACGAAACCGUCGAAUAUGCAAGAGACCCAGAAGAUGAAACCAUCAUCCACAAGGACCAAGCCAAAAAAAUUGGUUUGGUCGUCAUAAGAGGAACAGCUCUACUUUCGCUAUGUUCCCUCGAAGGUGCUGAGAUCAUCAAUACCUAG